AGGUUUACCCUUUAUGGUCUGUCUUCGUUGUGUUUGACUGUUAGUCGGUAAAACAAUUAGUUUCAAAAUGUCCAAUAAAAGAAACAAGGAAGUAAUAAACCAAGAAAGUGAGAGUGAUGAUGAACAAGAUUCCGGCAGCGAGAAGGAUUCUGACUUCGAUUCCGAUGGAAACUUCGUAGGUGACAAGGAACUCCAAGCUGACUUUGAGGGCAGGAACCCCGAAGACUGUGACUUUCAUGGCAUCAAACAACUACUGAGACAACUCUUUCUAAAAUCCAAUGUCGAAUUGGGAGGACUAGCACAGAUCAUUAUUUCCCAAAACUAUAUAGGCAGCGUAGUGAAACAAUGUUUGGACGAUGGGCUGGAUGACGACGAUGACGAGGAUGACGGCAGUGACGGAGUGUUUGGCAUCACCACAGUAAUUAACAUUACUAAAAGAAAAGAAGAGCCCUGCAUCAAACAAAUCAGAACAUUGCUAACCACACUUGCCAACGACAACGCGGAUGACAGAACUAAGGCACUUGUCAACAAAAUAUUGACGGAUGACACCAACCAAGUAGGAUUUAUUAUUAAUGAAAGGAUACUCAACAUUCCAGCAGCAAUCAGUGUACCUCUAUUUUCGUCGCUACAGAAUGAAUUGGACAAAGCCAUAAAGAAAAAUAUGCCCUACGUCUUUCAAUAUCUUGUAUGGAUCUGUAAGAUAUACAAAACUGGAGAUGACGAGUCGGACGUGCUGUUCGCAAACCAGGAGGAGAAGCCGUUGACGGAGGAGGCGCUGGCGGCCUUCGACGUCGACGUGACGGAGCAGGCCGACCUGUCGCAGUGGGACUACGACGGCGGCGCCAUGACGCCGUGCAGAAAGAUACUUAUAUUCGAGGGCAGCAAAUUCAACCAACUGAUUAGACUACUAAAGGAGGAAGUAGAAAAUGUAUAAUGAAUGAUUUGACGGAAUAUAUUCGCACGCUGUUAUAUGCCAGAAAUACACAUGUAUUUUAUAUAUUUAUACUUUAAGGAUAAUAAAUGUGAGCUAAGCUUUA